CAGUGGUGCUGAAAUCAAAGCCUGGCCAUACAUUAAUGGCCCCUCUCUAACAACCUGUGGGCUAGUCAUUUUUUCCCGACCCCCUGUCGUUCGUCACGGCGGGUGCACGAACCCCGGUGGAUAUCUGUGAGGUGUGAAGCGAGAGGUGACGCAGCGCCUGACAUUGCAGGUCAGAGCGGAACCGGCCCUCUGCGCUCAGGGCUUUGCACAGCUCAAUUAGCGUGACACACUUUCCCCCUGUGAUCGCCUGCCUUCCGCCCGGUUUGCUGGACACAGCGGAUUAUGCCCACUAACUUGGACAGCGCGCAUCCAAAGAGGCACAGCAUUCAUUAGAUAAAGAGGAACCGUUUUCGCGCCCGUACAGCAGAAAGUGACCUGUGUAUCAGUGGGAAAUGACAGCGGAUGGGGAUAUGGCUGGGUUCGUCCCUCAGAAGGAGAUUGUGUAUAACGGUUUGCUGCCUUACUCGGACCGGUUGGACCGGGAGGCCACGGAACUGUUGGCGGAGAUCAAAGCGAACCUGUCCAGAGCGGUCCUCCUCAGAGAGCUAUGGCCCGGGGUCGCUUUCUGGUGCAAGAAACUGUUCUCGUUUCUGAAGCUGUACGGCCGGAGGUUCAGUAAAGAAGACCAUAUUCUCUUCAUCAAGCUGCUCUAUGAGUUGGUCACGCUCCCAGACCUGGAGCCUCACAUGAUGCAGAGCUACGCCAGGCUCCUCAUUCAGCUUCUCAAGAAGAAGGAACUACUGUCAAGGGAUGACCUUCAGUUGCCAUGGCGACCACUCUAUGAUCUGUACGAGAGGGUCGUCUACUCCAAAACGGAGCACCUUGGACUCAUCUGGUUCCCCAACUCAGUGGACCACAUUUUGAAGGCUUUGAUCAAAAGCUGCAGACUGUAUUUCCCUGCAUCGUCCACCAAGGAGAUGCUGGAUGAGUGGCGCCCCCUGCUGUGCGUGUUUGACGUAGUUAUGCAGAAGGCCAUCAGCAACAUGGAGCUGUUCCUGCCCACCAUCAUGCCCCCGGAGGAACACAGCCAGGCCUUCCAGUUGUGGUUCGAUGAAUUAAUGAGUCUUUGGACGUCGGUGCAAAAUCAGCCCAGCUGGGAAGGGCACCUCGUGAACCUGUUUGCUCGCCUCGCCAACGAUAACAUCGGCUACGUGGACUGGACCCCGUAUAUUCCCACAAUCUUCACCAGGAUCCUGCGCAGUCUGAACCUUCCAGUUGGGGUCAGUCAGAUGGUGGCACCGCGGUAUCUCACCAACUCCUAUGACAUUGGACACUUGGUGUUGUGGAUCACAGCGCUUCUGGGUGGACCAGGAAAUCCUGCACAGAAGGAGCUGACCUGCCUUUUUAACAGCAUCGCCUCCUUCUACCAUCCCUCCAAUCAUGGUCGCUGGCAGUCUCGACUUAUGCGGCUGCUUCAGCGUCUCCCAGCGAGCGUUGUGCGUCGCGUGCACCGGGAACGUCAUGCUGCCCCCAGCUGGAUCAUGCUGGUUCCUGAGUGUCAGAGGUUGACUGAUACAGACUUGCAAGAGUUCACCCGAAGCCUCAUCGGGGCCGCCCUGCUGGCCAUGUUCAGUAAAACCGGCAGUACGGAUGCAGCCUACGCUCUUCAGAACCUGGCUCUCCUCACACCAGAACUAGCCAUACCACCUGUACUUGAGAAGACCUAUGCAGCGAUGGAGACCCUGACGGAGCCGCAUACCCUCACCGCCACUCUCAGCUGCAUGAUUGGCAUGGCUCGCAGCCUGGUUUCCCCUAACAACCACUACCCAGAGGGCCGUGCACACGUGCUUCCACUGCUCAUGGGCUCUCUGCCAGGGGUGGACCCCAACGACUUCAGCAAGUGCAUGAUUACGUUCCAGUUCAUCGCCACCUUCACCACUCUGGUGCCUUUAGUGGAUUGUUCGUCUGCUCCUUCGCGACACAGUGAUCUCACAGAGAUUGAGAAAGAUCUGUGUUUUGCUUCAGCUGAAUUUGAAGACUUCGUUCUCCAGUUUCUGGACAGGUGUUUUGCUCUGAUAGACAGCAGCACCCUGGAACAGACGCGUGAUGAGAUGGAAACAGAUACCCAGACUCAUCUCGAGAGCCUGGUGGAGCUGGGCCUGUCCUCUACUGUUAACACCAUCCUAACACAAUGCUCCACAGAAAUAUACAAGAUGGCGUUGCAGAAGGUGUAUAACUUUGCCACCUCCAACAUCUUUGAGACGUGUGUGUCUGGCAGGAUGGUGGCUGACAUGUGCAGAGCCGCUGCUAAGUGUCAUCCCGCUGAGUCUCUCCGUCUGUUCGUCCCUCACUGCUGCAGCGUCAUUUUCCACAUUACUGACAAUGAGGAGUUGCCGGGUGAAGACGAGCUGGAUAAGGAGCUGUUGUGGAAUCUCCAGCUGCUCUCCGAGGUAACCCGUGUGGAUGGUGAACAGCUGUUAAAAUACCAAGGGGACCUGGAGCGGAUCCUGUGUGUGUGUGUGCGUCUCCGCUGCAAACGGGCGUACACACUCGCCUGCAAUCUCCUGGAGCACACACUCCGGUCGCUGUCCCUCAUCUAUCCCACCGAGUACCGCAGCACCUCUGGAGGCUUCGAUACUGACCUGCCUAUACGGGACUGGGGCAGAGCUGGAGAUGUGGCAGCCUUGGGUAUGUGUUGGCAUGUGCCUAGCCAGGAGGAGGAGAACUUUGUUUUCCAGCUGUUGUCCCGCCUCCUGCACCCUGAGCUGCAGCGAAUCAAGGGCCAUGUCUCUGGAGAUCAGCCAAUGAGCAGGGAGGAGCUGUUGCAGAGUCUUGCUAUUGUGCAGCACUGCCUUCUUGGAGCUGGAAGCAUGCUGCCCCCUCUGGAUGGACCACACGUAUCUGACCUUGUUCCCUCAAUGGUAAAUCUGGGAGAGAUCAAGCUGCAUAUAGGUGUUGACUACGAUGAUUCACGGGAGAAUUACAGAGAGUCCAUCUGCCAAACCAUGAGACUGCUGCUACAUCACAUCUUGGAGCACUCGGAGGAUGACACAAAGUCACUCUUUGUCAUCAUUAAGAUCAUCAGUGACCUCAUGUUUUUCCGAGGCACUCACAAGAAGGAGUUUGACUCACGUUGGAAGAGCUUCACUCUUGUCAAGAAGUCCAUGGAAAACAGGCUUCAUGGGAAAAAGCAGCACAUUAGAGCAUUGCUCAUUGACCGGGUUCUGCUCCAGCAUGAGAUGAGGAAGCUGGUGGUUGACGGCAGUGAAUAUAAAGUGGUUCAUCAGGAGCUGCUCUGUAAUCUGCUGCUGCUUUCUACCAGCACUUACAGCCAGGUACGUAGCAGGGCCCAGAAUGUGCUGACAGCCGCACUGGGAACCUAUAGCUUCUCCUACAGAGACCUGAUUCCCAGAAUCCUGCAACUGCUCUCACCACAACACAAUGGCACACAGCAGCAGUUUAAGGGGGCUCUGUACUGCCUGCUGGCAUUGCACGGUGGUAUUUCUCUGCCCAGUGCGAGGGACUGGGACUGCGUCGGGGAGGUGUGGCUUGCUCUGGUCCGCUGUGGCCUGUUGCCCACCAUGACCCUGGAGGAGGCCUCCAUCGGUCGACUGCUUGACGACAUCACUGACAGGAUCCAUCGCCAGCACGACACCAUAGGGAUCUAUUUUACUGUAUCUGAAGGAUGUGUAGAAGUAGCCAAUCUUAUCGCACAUUCUGAAAAUCCCACACCUUGUUUAGAGCCACCGUCGGUAGAGGAGCUGAAAGAGGGUCUUCAGCGUCAGCGGAUCAAAAAUGUGGUUGCUGCAAGGAAAUAUGAGAAGCUGGUCAAUGAUCUCUUGGACUGCCUUGAAGACAGAGACCUCCCCUGGAAGUUUGAGCACAUGGCCACAGACUUGUUGUCUCUCCAGCUUAGAGAUGAUCACCCACUUCCCCCCGAUGCUGUCCUCUUCUUCACACAAGGCCUCAUACAUGACUCCAUCAGCAUACGCAAGGUGGCAAUAUCAGCAAUGGCUGGUGUCCUGAAACAGCUAAAACGACCAAGAAAGAAAGUGGCUGUGAAACCAUCAGAUAUCAGUGGCAUAGAGGAUCUAGAGGGUGUGUGUGGGGAUCGUGAGGGGAAUCGCUGGCUUCAGUACGACAGCAACAAUCUACCUCUAAGUGAGGAACAGUGGGAUACUCAACUAUAUGUGGAGAAAACACACUGGGGCUACUACACAUGGCCAAGAGAAAUGAUGAUCCAUGCAGCUUCUGAAAAGCCAAAAGAUGACCUGACGUAUGAAGAGAUGAGUGAGGGUGAAAAGAUCAUCUUUGAAUAUUUCUCGGACCCAGAGUUUAUUGACCAGCUCAUAGGGUUUCUCUCUCUGGAGGAUCGGAAAGGAAAAGACAGCUUCAACCCCCGACGGUUCUGUCUCUUCAAGGGGCUGUUUUGUAACUAUGGUGACGUGUUCCUGCCGUUACUAUGGCCUCACCUAGAGCAGCUCGCCAGCGACCCCCAUGAGAGCUCCCAGCGCUGUGUGUGUGAGAUUACUGCAGGACUAAUCAGAGGCAGCAAACUCUGGAGUUUCAGCAAGGUGGACAGGCUAUGGAAGCUUUUGUGCCCUUUGAUCAGGACAGCAUUAACCAACAUCACAGUGGAAACCUACACAGACUGGGGCACCUGCAUCGCUACUGCCUGCGAGGGCAGGGACCCCAGGAAACUCCACUGGCUGUUCGAGCUGCUGAUGGAAAGCCCACUCAGUGGAGAGGGCGGCUCGUUCAGGGAUGCCAGUUUGCUGUAUGUGCUUCAGGGAGGUCUGGCCCAGCAGCAGUGGAGAGUUUCGGAACUGCUGCACAGGCUUCUGGCUUACCUGGAGCCCAAACUCACCCAUGUGUAUAAGAAUGUCAGGGAGCGCAUUGGAAGUGUCUUGACCUAUAUCUUCAUGAUAGACGUGGCUCUGCCCAACACCCGGCCCACCUCCUCCCCCCACGUGGCGGAGUUUGUCCCCCGGGUCCUAGAGCGGCUCAAGCCCCUCACGUCCGAGCCGGAGAUCCACAACCACGUCCACGAGGAGAACACCCAGGAGACGGACGAGCGCACCCAGGCUGUCAAACUGCUCAAGACGGUGUUGAAAUGGUUGAUGGCGAGCGCAGGGCGGACUUUCACCACUCCCGUUCAGCAGCAACUACAGCUCCUGCCUCUACUCUUCAAGAUUGCCCCAGUGGAGAUUGAUGAGAGCUAUGAUGAGAUGAAGCAGGAUGCGCGCACGUGUCUCUCUCUCAUGUCCCAGGGCCUGCUGUAUCCUGAGCACAUCCCUCUGGUUCUGGCAGCGCUGGAAGAGAUGGCAAGCAGUAGGUCGUGGCAUGCACGCUUCUCAGUACUGACCUACCUCCAGAUCAUGGUUUUCUACAACUUGUUUACCCUGCUCAGCGUGCCUGCCGAGGUGUUCCGCAUCCGAAAGCUGGUGAUGCAGCUGCUGCUUGAUGAACAGCUUGAGGUGAGGGACAUGGCAGGCACCACCCUCAGUGGUUUACUGCAGUGCCAGUUCUUCCCCCUGGACUCCAGUCUGCAGACACAGCUCCAGACGCUGAGUCAGACUCUCCUCCCCAAGGCCAGAGGAGAGCUGGCCUCCACAGACUUGGUGCGGCGCCAUGCUGGAGUGCUCGGCCUCAGUGCGUGCAUCCUGUCGAGCCCCUACGAUGUUCAAGACUGGAUGCCUCAGAUACUGAUGGACCUGAGUGACCAUCUCAACGACCCACAGCCUAUAGAGAUGACUGUGAAGAAGACCCUGUCGGAGUUCAGGCGAACUCACCACGAUAACUGGCAGGAGCAUCGUCAGUGCUUCACUGAUGACCAGCUGCUUGUGCUCACAGACCUCCUGGUGUCGCCCUGUUACUACGCCUAGACGGCCAGCUGCCUUGCCAGGUCAUUUGCAGACUGACUGACCAGUCCCAUAGAAAAUAAUUACACCUUUUAGCACUGUUGGGAACACCGGUCCUCUGUGCAGCCUGUUAAAAUAGUGUAUGAUGUUGGGUGGCUGAGAGCCCUGCCUCUGGAAACUCACGUGCCAAUGUUGGCCUUUAGUAAACUCGGCACAAAAGCAGUUCUUGGAAAAAAAGUUUCAAAUAUUUAACUUACUUGGUGUGUUUAUUUUGUCUCGCCAAGCAGCUAAACAGCCCCAAAGGUGGCCACUUUACUUUAGAGAUAACCACCCUUUAGGUGUAUUCUUUUGUGGUUAUUAUAGAAUACAUUCAACUACUGAUUUUACACACAUCUGCCAGAAACCUCUGUAUUUUUUCAGAUAACUAUUUGUCAUUACAGUGUUUCAGUCUACGUACUUUCAAAAGAUUUUUAAAUAAUACGUAAAAAGAUGGAACUGUCCAUUUAUUUACUAAAUAUAAGAAAAACAUAUUGUGAUAUAUAUAUAUAUAUGUAGAAUAUUUAAAAAUGACAUUAACAUUACAAAAUACUACAAACUCUAAUCUUAUUUCUAAAGUUAUAAUAUCAUGCUAUGUGAUGUUUCUAAUACUGUAUAAUACAUAAUACUGAAUAUUGAUAUAAAUUAUGUAAUUAAUAUAAAUGUAUAUACACGUAUAAGAUGAUAUACACAUAUAAUAAGUAAUAAAAUGUAUAACAUGCUGUAAUAUUUUAUCUUAUUCAUAUACAACCCACUACAGUAGCUCAACACUGAGAACUUACUGUUGUUUCCUGUUCAAUAAAUUCACUCAUUUGUAAA